ACGGUCUAUCGACGUCCUGCGCGGGAGCGGAAAACGUGCAUCCGACUGUGGGGGGGAAAAGCAGCGCUGUCUUUUCCUGGUAAAACAAAUUGUGCCGCAGCAACACUGAACUACUAAUAAUACUCGGCUUUCUAACAGACGUCUGCACAAACUAAAGCAUGGCUCGAGACUGGAAACCUGGUGAUCUGAUCUUUGCCAAAAUGAAGGGUUAUCCACACUGGCCUGCAAGAAUUGAUGAAGUCCCAGACGGUGCUGUGAAGCCAUCCAAUAUCAAGUUCCCCAUCUUCUUCUUUGGCACCCAUGAAACCGCAUUUCUUGGCCCAAAAGAUAUCUUUCCGUACCAGCUCAACAAAGAGAAGUACGCCAAGCCCAACAAGAGGAAAGGCUUCAAUGAAGGAUUGUGGGAGAUUGAGAACAACCCAAAAGUUGAGCUUACUGCACCUAAGCCGGUUCCCCCUGAAUCUUUCACUGAAAAGGAUUCGGACAGCAGCCCAGAAGGAGAAGAGGAAGCAGACGACAAGGGGAUAAAAUCCAAAGUUCCAGGAAGUGAGGCUGAGCAGGAGAAUGAGAAUGAGGAGGAGGAGGAGGAAGGGUCUCUGAUCUCUGAGCAGGUUCCUCAGAACCAGGAUGGCUCAGCACAGAAAGAAUCCACAGAUGUUCCAAAACCCAAGAGAGGAAGAAAGAAAAAGAGCGAUGCUGAGCAGGAGACUGAAAAAGACGAUGCUCCAGCAAGUCCUGUUAGUCCCACAGGUGGAGAGGGUCCUAAACGGAGAGGCAGGAAGCCCAAAAGCGAGAAAUUACUUUUGCUCCAUCAGCAGGAGCAGCCAGGCUCAGGAAGUGAAAUGGACACUGCUGAGUCAGAGAGAAAGAGAAAGAGGGCACCAGAGGACAAGUCCAAGAGUGGAGAGGAGGAAAAGAGAAAGAAGGAGGAGAGCAAAGGAAAGGAUGCAGAGGGGAAGGAGCCUGAAGCCAAGAAGAAGAAGCAGUCUAAGGAGGACAGCUCCUCAGGCUCUGAUGAUGAAGAGAAAAACAAAGGCAGAAAGAAACACCAAAACUCGGACAUGGACAAAGAUGUCCGGCGGCGGAAAGCAGAUGAAUUGAGAGAGCCAAACAAAGAUGAUGGGAAGAAAAAUGAAGAGAAGGCAGGAGUCAAGAAAAAGGAAAUAUCAACUGACUUAAAACUCCAGAGACUGCACAGUGAAAUCAAGAUUUCACUGAAAAUUGACAACGCUGAUGUGAAGAAGUGCUUGGAUGCAUUAGAUGAGAUUGGCACACUUCAAGUCACAACCCAGCACCUGCAGAAACACAGUGAACUUAUUGCCACACUCAAAAAGAUUCGCAGAUUCAAGGCCAGCCAGGACAUCAUGGACAAGGCCACCAUGUUGUAUAACAAGUUCAAGAGUAUGUUUCUGGUUGGAGAAGGUGACAGUGUGCUAAGCCAGGUGCUCAACAAGUCUUUAGCUGAACAGCGGCAACACGAAGAAGCCAAGAAAGGAGCACUGAAGAGAGUGGAACAAGCCAAGGAAAACAACUCAGACAAGAUGACAAAUGGUGAUAUCAGCCCCGAUGAGAAGAAGCAUGAGACGGAGAGAGAGAAGCUUCUUGAGGACACCUCAGUGGAAGAAAAUCACAGUGCCCCAAACGCUCAGGAAGAGUCCACUUGAGUGUUGUACAUGCGUGAAGAAAAGAGAAGAUAUUUGCUGCUGUACUCAUCCAACCUUUCGUCUUAACUGGGCUGACCAACUGGGAUCUCCUGUCCAGUUCCUUUUGAUGACUGAUAAUGAUCACUGUUUUCUGGUUUACUGACUCUCUGUCAGUGUUGCUGCUCAAAGGUUUCAGUACAUCAAACCCCUCGAAGAUAAACUGACUGAAUAUGUUUUUUUUUUUUUACUUUGUGUAAUCUUUACCUCUCAGACAGCUUGUGUGUCAUCUGUUGAAUCCGAAAAAUGACAGUGUAAAUAGUAAGAACUUGUAGAUCUGCAGCACUGUAAACUUAAGAUACUACUAUUUGGUUCUAUUUUUCAAUUUUAGUAGAUGGUUUUGAUUGUACUCUUUAUCAUUUCAUAUGCAUUCAGACUGUUUUUUCAAAAUCAGUUUGAUCUUAACUUCACUUAAAGAUUGUUUUGAGUAAAGAGGUUUAGUCAUAGCUUUUUUGCAUUACCAUCUCUAAUAUUAUUGGCUACAUUAACAUUUGGAUGCACAAACAGAAAAUUCAGUUUGCCAAAGUUUUUUUUUUGUGAACUCAACAUAUUCAAGUGUCUGAUUUUUAAUGUUUGUUGUUUUUAACAUAGAUGUAAAUAAGAGUAUUUUUUUGUGCCUGUCUGAUGACCUGUUUCAGCAUCCAAAAAUAAAGUAGUACAUACAGAACA